CUACACAGUUUUCCCCAGCCAGUCCUUCGAAUCAGAGUGAAAAAACCAACCUCAUAAACAAUUAAAACAAGAGCUAGAACAUGAGUUUCCUUGAACAACACAAAAGUUACAUAGUUUUAACCAUAUGGGCUCUUGUUUUUCUGCUUUCCUCCAUUGAUGUAGCAGCUAAAUCUCGUCAGCCAAUCUCUGAAUCCGAGAUUCGAGAGAGAAGAAACCAGUGCUAUGCAGACAUUGAAAGUGGAUUAUGGGGUCAGCAAUGUAAAUCUUCCAAGAUAGCAAAGGAGAAUUGUGCCUUGAAUUGCCUCUCACCAACCUGUUAUCAGCUCGUCUAUGAGAGUGAUCCGUUGGAAGAAGGAGAAAAAGAUUACAUCAGGAGUCAAGAGUACAAGUACUGCAUGCACAAAGUAUCUUUAGGAGAGAGCCUGGAUGGUAUUAGAGGGGCCUUUGAUUAGCAUGCACGGGGGUGGAAGUUUUUAAAAUUCUACUGUUCUAUAUGCAUCUCAGCAUGGCCAAACAAGAUAAGAUGGAUGUCGUGCAUUGGGGUGGGAAGUGGGGUGGGUUUUUUUUUUGUUGGGUGGUGGGGGGGGGUGGGUUGGGUUUGGAAGCAUAUUAGGUGGGAAAGGAAUUAGGAGGUCUCUUUGUAUUGCUCAUUGACGUUCACUCUCCAGACUGGAAUUGGCUCAGUUCAUCGUUUUCAGUUUCACAAGUGUAAAGCUACCUAAACCAAAUGAUGCUUGUUGUUUGGAUCAUGUACUUACUUAGUCCUUUUUGGUUAUUAUGGAAAUCUUACUACCAGCACAAUCAUAUUGGUAUAUCUGUACCUGUGCCAUAAGAAAUUGGCACUCUGAAUAUUGAUUAGUGCUGGAUUGGCCGUUUAUUUCUGA